GGGAGAGGUUUCUGCGAGCCACGCUGCUGCAGGCACGAGGCUGGCGUGUCCCGGGAGUUCGGGAGGGGACUUCUGGAUGUCCAGCGUGGGCCAGGAGCGGGCGAGGCUUUGUCUAUGGCCUUCCAUGCGUAGACCUGUUGGAAUUCUGCAUCCUGCUGAGCUUCAGCGGAGGUCACCGCUGUCCAGGCACCCGCAGGCCUGGCGCAGAGCCAAGUGGCGGGGGAGGGGAGGGGAGACGACUUCACCCCUAUUCCCUCGCUGUCUUCUGAAAUCAGACCUAUGUUUAAUGGGGGGUGGGGACAGGAAAACCUAUGGAGGAAGUAGCAGGUGACAGGACUUCAGUUGGAAGGACGAAGGGAAUAUGAAUGGACAUCGCAGCCUAGAGAACGGCUUGAUGAAGUAGGAGGGAGGCUAGCCCAUAAGGGAGCUUUAGGAGCUGUGCCGUGUUGUGAAAGAACUUGAGUGUUCACCUCAUGCGGGCUUGUUUGGCGAUCCAGCCACUGCAGGCGUUGGAGUAGGGAGAGCGAGCGAUCGGAAGCAGUGUUUGAAAUUGUCUCCAAGUCUGUGAAGUUCUGUCUUUCCGUGCAAGAUGCCCCUCUCAGACUUUGUUCUGGCCCUAAAGGACAAUCCCUACUUUGGGGCUGGAUUUGGGCUGGUGGGUGUGGGCACAGCUCUGGCCCUGGCCCGGAAGGGUGUUCAGCUAGGCCUGCUGGCAUUCCGGCGCCAUUACAUGAUCACCCUGGAAGUCCCAGCCCGUGACAGGAGCUAUGGCUGGUUACUAAGCUGGCUGACACGCCACAGCAGCAGAACGCAGCACCUUAGCGUGGAGACUUCAUACCUCCAACAUGAUAGUGGGCGCAUCUCCACCAAGUUUGAGUUCAUCCCCAGCCCUGGAAAUCACUUUGUCUGGUAUCGGGGGAAGUGGAUCCGAGUGGAACGAAGCCGGGAGAUGCAGGUGAUCGAUCUGCAGACAGGCACCCCUUGGGAAUCUGUCACCCUCACCGCCCUGGGCACUGACCGCAAGAUUUUCUUCAACAUCCUGGAGGAAGCUCGGGAGCUAGCCUUGCAGCAGGAGGAAGGAAAGACAAUAAUGUACUCGGCUGUGGGCUCCGAGUGGCGCUCCUUCGGCUACCCCCGCCGCCGCCGACCUCUGACUUCUGUGGUUCUGGAACAGGGUCUGGCUGAGAGAAUCAUCAAAGACAUUCGAGAAUUCAUCGAUAACCCCAAGUGGUACACUGACAGAGGCAUUCCCUACAGACGAGGCUACCUGCUCUAUGGGCCUCCCGGCUGUGGGAAGAGCAGCUUUAUCACGGCCCUGGCCGGAGAGCUGGAGCACAGCAUCUGCCUGCUGAGCCUCACGGACUCCAGCCUCUCAGACGACAGGCUCAACCACUUGCUGAGUGUGGCCCCCCAGCAAAGUCUGGUGCUUCUGGAAGACGUGGAUGCAGCGUUUCUCAGCCGAGACUUGGCUGUGGAGAACCCCGUGAAGUACCAGGGUCUAGGUCGCCUCACCUUCAGUGGACUGCUCAAUGCCUUGGAUGGUGUGGCGUCUACUGAAGCCCGUAUUGUGUUCAUGACCACUAACUACGUUGACAGGCUGGACCCUGCCCUGAUACGCCCCGGGCGAGUAGACGUGAAGGAGUACGUGGGCUACUGCUCACACUGGCAGCUAACACAGAUGUUCCAGAGGUUCUACCCAGGACAAGCGCCAUCACUGGCAGAGAGCUUUGCAGAGCGUGUGCUCCAGGCGACCACCCAGAUCAGCCCUGCCCAGGUGCAGGGCCACUUCAUGCUCUAUAAAAACGACCCUGUGGGAGCAAUUCACAACACUGAGUCUCUGAGGUGACAGCCAGACUGUGCUCUGGGUCAAUAAACACCUGCCACACUUA